AUGAAAAGAAGAGGACUGCGAACUCUUUCCAAUAUCCUGUUGGCAAGUAUGGCCGUUACCGACCUUCUCGUAGGUGGUAUAUGCGUGCCGUUAUCUGCUAUAGAUGGAUUAUUACUUCCCUAUCAAAUUCUUACUGGUCAGCAUAUUUGCAAGUUAGACGUGGCAACUGCCUUUGUCACAUUUACUAUGUCGUAUGUUUCACUUGUCCAUCUGGUAAUCAUUGCAUGGGAGCGGUACGUGGCCAUUCGAAGAUGGAGGGACUAUAGAAGUAUAUUGACUAAAGGCCGUUUAAAAAAGCUGGCAGUAAUAGCUUGGAUUUCGUCAAUACUAUGCAUUUUGAUUCCAAACCUCAUUUCAAUGGUACUCAGAGGAGAGACUUCGUUUUUAGCUCUAGGUUUUUCUACGGCUUGUUUCUUGGUACUCAUUGUAUAUUUUUACUUUAUGGUGUUCCUUAAAAUUCGAAAACAAAAAAUCAAUGAACUUUUCCAGGCCAGCAUUUUAGUGUCAAUGAAAAUGGAAAGGAGAGUUGCAAUAACCACUGCCAUGGUUACAGCAGCCGUGAUUCUGUCCUUCGUUCCUGUUGCUUCUCUGAAUCCAUUAGGAAACGUUUUUCCCGUUCUCUUGAAAAUGUCGUCAUGGCGAGUGGGGGAAACACUAAUGCUUUCAAAUUCUUUAGUUAAUCCACUCAUUUACUGCUACAGAGACCGCCAUUUUAGGAAAGCUGUGCUCGAGAUUUUGAGGAUUAAAAAA